GUAAAUUUCGAGAAAAUGCAGGAUAUCAAAGAAGAAUCCAAGCUUAUCAAGACAACAAAAGAGAAGAGUCGCACCUUUAUCAACAGUAGUGAUAUUGGCUUUAACGCUCCCUCAGGAGUCUUCAUAGAGGAAAGUUUCACGACCAAGACCAAGAAAUACUUCACUGAUUCUAUCCACAUUUUAGCAGUGGCUAUCGCCCUUGGGGCGAUCAGUCUCUUCAACUUCUUCGUGGGUUCAUAUACUGAUGCCUUCUUGCUUGUCAGGGACGGUAUGAACAGUGCUGCCUUUACAUCAGUGAUCCUGUUCAGUUACUACUCCAUCAAGUACUCGAAGGACUUUAGAAGAGAUAAGGAGUUCAACUAUGGGUACACUAGGCUGACAGUGAUCGCCACUUUUGUGAACUCAGUUUAUAUCAUUUUUGAAUUUUUGGAAUUACUCAAAGACUUCGCUCAUGGUAUUCAUGAACAUCACGAAGAAGGAGAAACACAUCAUUUUGAUGAGACUUAUGUCUACUUUGGAACUAGAAUUUUUGCAGUCAGAAUCGCACUCCUGCUGAUCCUUGUCUUCUGGACCCUUAGAGAGGUCAGUCUGGUCAGGAAAAUUGAAGACAUUCUUGAGAAAAAUUUCCCUAAAUAUGAGAGAAAAUUGACAGAAGCUGAAGGAGGUGAUCACAAUGUUUUUAAAAGUGAUAAAACUCUGAGGAAUUGCUCCCUUUUAUAUUUUUCCUUAAAGAUCCUAAUCAUUUAUGAACUUCUUGGAAAUCUCAGUAUGAUUUGGGGUGUGCUGGUGAACUAUCACCUCGGGUUAAUCCAGCACACAGCUGUUAUUUUGAGGACCACUGUAUGCAUGGUUUUGUCUAUAGCCCCAUUUAUGCAAAGUUCGUUCAUUCUGCUUCAGAAAAAUUCCCCAAAAGAUAAAGAACUUGAAGCCAAAAUCAAAAAUGAACUGAUGUUCAUUGAAGGCGUCCUAGCAUUGACACUAAUUAUGCAGAAGUACAGAAAUCUAUACAAGAAUUAUUAG